AUGGAUCACCGUCUCGACAUUGCGGACUCGACUGACUGGAUCGGCACACCGUUGGCACCUUUCCAAUCUCUAGAGAACGCGCUGCGCUGCCAGGUGUGCAAAGACUUCUACGACACGCCGAUGAUCACGUCCUGCUCGCACACCUUCUGCUCGCUGUGUAUACGGAAAGCCCUUACAUCGGACGGAAAGUGUCCGGCUUGUCGAGCCAGCGACCAAGCGAGCAAGUUGCGCCGGAAUUGGGCGGUGCAGGAGAUCGUAGACGCUUUCCAGGCCGCGAGGCCGGCGGCGCUGAAAGUCGCGCAGGAGCAUGGAUCGCUGAAGGAGGGACGGGAAGGACGGAGGAACAAGCUGAAAAGAGGGUUUCAGGAUACCAAUCCGGAAGACCAGGAGGAGGAAUUAUCGUUCCAAUCUCGGAAAACCAGAAGUCAGAGUCGGAGAGCAGCGGCGGCAGCAUCCUCGCAAGAGGUCGACGACAUUAUGGAUGGGGAAGAGGAACACCAGCCGGAUGAUGGUCUAGUACCGUGUCCAAUCUGCAACACUCGAAUGAAGGAGGAGGCCGUCUACGCGCACCUGGACCGUUGCGACGGCCAGCCAUCCAGCCAAGGCCGCAGCACCAGAUCGCGCUCUUCCGCAACGACUCUCAAGCCUCCGCCACGGCAAUCCCUACCCCAGCAAUUGAAAGCUACCACGCCCCCUAGUGAACGUAUACCCCAACUAAGCUAUUCCAUCCUCAAAGACAACGCCCUCCGCAAGAAGCUGCAGGAACUAGGCAUCGCCUCCUGGGGGCCCCGUCCGUUACUCAUCCGACGACAUACCGAGUGGGUGAAUCUUUACAACUCCAACUGCGACUCCUCACGGCCGCGCUCAAAGCGAGAACUGCUGGCAGAACUCGAGACCUGGGAGCGCACACAAGGUGGGAGCGCGCCGAACGCAGGGUCAGCCCCUGCUGGUGUGAUGCGGAAGGAAUUCGACGGGCAGGCUUGGGCACGCAGCAAUCACGACCACUUUGAAGAUCUGAUCGCGCAAGCGCGAAAGAAAAUGAUCCCCACGGAUGCUGCGAAAGAGGACCAGACAGGAGACCACGCGACAGGAACAACACAAGAACCGCCAGACCAAGACAUGGGUGACAAGAGCAAGCCCGCUACCGUCAACGGCGAGCGAAAUACUGCACCGAACGGUCAAAUAUCGGGAUCAAGGGAUAAUCCCUACGAAGGCAACGAAGAAGCGCUAUCGAUCAUCCGCAAGAAAGUCGAAGCAGCCAACAACGGUCACAGUACACGAAGAAGCAGCACAGAGGAUGAAGACGUCCCGAUGGCCAACGCGCUACUGCCGUCGGAACAGGCACGAGCAGAAGAGAUGCAAGACUCGAUAGAGCCGCUAUCCGCGCCGAGUCGCAGAUCCCCACUGUCGCCAACGCGAAAGAAGCCAAUGUUUUCGGUCCCAGAAGAGCCUGUUGAAGACUAUGAAACCGAGACACAAGCGCAUUGA